AAGAAGCUACGGACCGGGCUUUGGUGGGCUUCAUUCACUGGUCUGACCACCGUCGGGUAGGAACGGUUUUUUUUCGGAAAGUGAGAGUGUUUGAUACCGUUUCGAGUGAGGUCCCGGUGGAGUAGUAUCACAUGAUGCAGUACCUGGGACUUUUGGUGUGGUGCUGCCUGCUCGUUGGCCGCAUCUCGUCGGCUCCAUUCGAGCCCAAGCAGUCCGAUUUGAAAGACUUCACCUUUGACGAGAUCAUCCCGAAUCAGUUCGGAUUGCGAGGAUUCAACGGGACCUGGUUGUCGGGAGAGGAACUGCUGUACAGGAAUGGAGGAGACUACGUGAAGCUGAACGUAAACACUGGCGACAGUGUCGUGGUGAUCACAACGGAUGUUUUGAGCCAGUUCCGUGGAGCUUCUAUUCAGCUGAUUAAACCCGACUUCACGAAAGUCCUGGUCCGGUAUGAUGUCCGAACGGUCUUCCGACACUCAUCUCUCUCGAAGUACGCAAUCUACGACACGUUGGACGGCACUACGUACCACGUUGCCAACCAGGAGGAAGUGUCUAUCUGCAUUCUCUCCCCAACGGGGCAAAGUCUUGCGUACGUCAAGGAUAACAACGUCUACUACCGGGAGUCGUUCGUCGACCCAGAGGAACGGCCUCUUACGCUUGACGGUGUCCCUGGGGUAAUUUACAAUGGCAUCCCGGACUGGGUGUACGAAGAGGAGGUGUUCGGCACGGAUGCGACACUCUGGUUCUCGCCGAACGGUCGCCGCCUCGCGAUGGCCAGCUUCGAUGAUCGUGACGUGAAGGAGUUCACCUACCAUCUGUACGGGUCGCCGGACGAUACGGACAAGCAGUAUCCGGAAGAGUUGCGCAUUCGGUACCCGAAGGUUAACACCACCAAUCCGACCGUGCAUCUGCGGGUGACGGAUCUGUCGGCGAGUGAUCCAGCUUGGGUAGAGCUCCCAGCUCCGCUAGCCACGGUCGGUGAGGAUCACGUGCUCGGUACGGUGAACUGGGCCGGCGAGGAUGUGCUUGGCAUUAUCUGGACCAAUCGCCGACAGAACGUGGCGACAUUCCAGAAGUGUCAAACGACCGACGGAACCUGCUCGGAAGCGGUCCGCUUUGAUCGUCCAAAUGGAUGGUACGAUUUGUACACGCCACGCUGCUAUGGAGCCGAUCGAUGCUUCCUGAUGGGCGAUAAUGACGGUUGGCGUGCGGUGAUGGAAUUGGUUGGAGAGGGUGCGGCUCCUGUUGCCCGUACACCGGCCGGGUACACCGUGUCCUCCAUCAAUGGGUACGAUGAAGUGUCGCAGGCCCUCUACUACACCGCAGUCCCGGCAAGCGCACCUCACCAUCGACAUGUGUUCCGAGAUGAGGAAUGUCUCACGUGCGGUCUGAAGGAUGAGCUUGAGGGUUCAGCCGAAUGUAACUUUGCAAGCGCAUCUUUCAGUGCGGAUCUUUCGUAUAUGGCAGCGACCUGCUCCGGACCAACGCCUUCCUACACGCAGAUCUAUCGUACCAGCGAUCGACAGCUGGUUAGGGACUGGGAAUUGAACUUGGAGCGUCGUGAGCAGCUUAAACAGUACAAGAAGGUCUCGGUACGAUUCCUGCGCGUCCCGGUCGGUGACGGUAGCUUCCAGGCCUCGGUCCGACUGUACCUUCCGCCGGAGAUUGACUUUGAAGCGCCUGCCACAGCGUCCCGCAAGUAUCCGAUGGUGGUGAAUGUGUAUGCCGGACCGGAUUCGGUGCGCGUUACCGAUAGCUUUAGCGUUGGGUUCGCCAACUAUAUGGCCACAACGAAGGGUGUGAUCUACGCCCAGAUCGAUGGACGCGGAACGGGCAAUCAGGGUUACGAGUUUCUGUUCUCCAUCAACAACCGGCUCGGUACGUACGAGAUGGAGGAUCAGAUCGCCGUCGCACGCUACCUGCAGGAAACGUACGCCUUCAUCGAUCCUCAGCGUACUGGCAUCUGGGGCUCGAGCUACGGUGGGUAUGCAACCGCCAUGACGCUGGAGAAGGAUCACGGGCAGGUGUACCGUUGCGGUAUCUCGGUUGCCCCGGUUACGUCGUGGAUGUUUUACGAUUCCAUCUACACCGAACGGUACAUGGGACGUCCGACAGAGAAUGGCGCCGGGUACGUACAGAGCGACAUCAGUGGCUUCACGGACGAGCUGAAGAACCAUCUGUUCCUGCUGAUUCACGGAACCGCGGACGAUAACGUGCACUAUCAGCAGUCGAUGGUGUUUGUGCGGGCUUUGCUGGAUCACGAUAUCGACUUUGAGCAGAUGACCUAUCCGGAUGAGGCACACUCGUUGUCGGGUGUGCAGCGUCAUCUGUACCACACCAUGGACCAGUUCUGGGAUCGCUGCUUUGCGUGAGCGAUGCCUCAUCGACACAGUGCGAAGUCGAACUAGUCAAUAUCCUCAGGUAUUCCAUUCGGAGUAUUGCGUUCGGAAAAUAGCGAGAGGUAGUUACGAAA